UGCCGGAGCAGCACGCUGAGGGGGCGUCGCCGCCGCCGGCCCCCGGCGCCGCCGCGGGAGGCCGCGCCCGCCAUGGCGGCCCGGGCGGUGCUGGACGAGUUCACGGCGCCCGCCGAGAAGGCGGCGCUGCUGGAGCGGAGCCGCAGCCGCAUCGAGGGCCUGUUCGGCGUGAGCCUGGCGGUGCUUGGUGCGCUCGGGGCUGAGGAACCGCUGCCCGCGCGGAUCUGGCUGCAGCUUCGCGGGGCGCAGGAGGCGGUGCACAGCGCCAAGGAAUAUAUUAAAGGGAUCUGUGAACCUGAACUGGAAGAAAGAGAAUGUUACCCCAAGGCCAUGCACUGCAUUUUUGUUGGGGCACAGAGCCUGUUUCUCAAGAGCUUGAUUCAGGAUACCUGUGCCGAUCUCUGCAUUCUGGACAUCGGUCUUCUUGGCAUCAGAGGAAGUGCCGAAGCUGUGGUCAUGGCUCGAAGUCACAUUCAGCAGUUUGUAAAGCUCUUUGAGAAUAACGAGAACCUGCCCAAUAGCCAAAAAGAAUCAGAAGUGAAAAGGGAAUUUAAACAAUUUGUUGAAGCUCAUGCAGACAGUUACACAAUGGACUUGUUGAUUUUGCCCACUUCCUUGAAAAAAGAACUUUUGGCACUCACCCAAGGUGAGGAGAAUCUGUUUGAAACAGGAGAUGAUGAUGUUAUUGAAAUUAGAGAUUCUCAACAAACAGAGUUUACACAGAAUGCUGCCACGGGGCUGAAUAUUUCCAGAGAUGAAAUUGUUGUGCAGGAAGAUGCAAGAAAUAAAGCAGGGACUCCUGUUUCUGAGCUUACAAAACAAAUGGACACAAUCUUUUCUAGUUCACAAGAUGUGCUUUUUGUUCCAAUAAAUGGUCUAACCCCAGAUGAAGAGGCGCUUUCCAAAGACAGAGUUUGUCACAAAAGGAGAUUUUCUGAUUCUGAAGAAAGGCAUACCAAGAAACAGUUUUCUUUGGAAAAUGUUCAAGAGGGAGAACUUUUACAUGAUGGGAAGACACCAGCUGGAAAUGUAAUCAUUGACCUAUCUGAUUCUUCCACUGAUGCUGAAAACUUAAGUCCAGAUAUAAAAGACACUACUGAGGAAAUGGAAUACAACAUCCUCGUAAACUUUUUCAAAACCAUGGGCUACUCCCAAGAAAUUGUUGAAAAGGUCAUUCGGGAGUAUGGGCCAUCCACUGAACCAUUAUUGCUCUUGGAGGAAAUUGAAAAAGAAAAUAAAAGAUGCCAGGAAAACAGAGAAUAUUCACCUGGUACAAUGUAUCCAGAGACCAGUAAAACCAAAAAUAAAAGUGUUUGUAACAGCAUAAAUGAGCUUACAAUGGAUUCCACUCCAAAGAAAACACAAACUCACACACAGCAAAACAUGGUAGAAAAAUUUUCUCAGUUACCAUUCAAAGAAGCAAAACCGUGUACCUCAAAUUGCAAAAUUAAUACUUUCAAAUCAGUGACAGUAGAACAGAAACAAGAAAUCUGGAGUUCAAACCAGAACUACAUUUGUAACAUAGACGUUGAAACUGAUGGCCUUUUACCCUCUGUUGCCCCUUCAAGUCCCAAAGAAGUUGUCAGUUUUAUUUCAAGAGGAGCUUCAAGUCACCAGCCCAGAAUUCCCAUUUUUCCUGAAAAUGGUUUGCAGCAGAAAGUGGAACCCUUGCUCCCAAAUAAUAUGAAGUCUGCCUGUGAAAACUGUCCGGGAUGUUGUAGCUCUCCUCAGUCUAAGCCAAAUUGUCCACCCCUCUCUCCACCGAGGCCGCUGUCCCAGCUGCUACCUUCAGUUACUGAUGCAAGGUUGGCAGGACCUUCUGAGCACAUUGAUUCCUCCGUUACAGGGGUCCAGAGGUUUCGAGAUACUCUGAAAGUGCCCUACAAGCUGGAAUUAAAAAAUGAACCAGGGAGAACGGAUCUGAAGCACAUUGUUAUAGAUGGGAGCAAUGUUGCAAUUACCCACGGUCUGAAAAAGUUCUUUUCUUGUCGUGGAAUUGCAAUUGCGGUUGAAUAUUUUUGGAAGCUUGGUAACAGAAACAUCACUGUAUUUGUCCCACAGUGGAGAACAAGGCGUGAUCCUAAUGUUACAGAACAGCACUUCUUAACCCAGCUCCAGGAGCUCGGAAUAUUAUCUUUAACUCCUGCACGGAUGGUCUUUGGAGAAAGAAUUGCUUCUCAUGAUGACAGGUUUCUGCUACACUUAGCGGACAAAACUGGUGGCAUAAUUGUAACAAAUGAUAACUUCAGAGAAUUUGUGACCGAGUCAGCCUCUUGGAGAGAAAUAAUUACAAAAAGGUUGCUCCAGUAUACCUUUGUGGGGGACAUAUUUAUGGUUCCUGAUGAUCCUCUGGGAAGAAGUGGACCUCGAUUAGAAGAAUUUCUUCGGAAGGAAGUCUUUCUUCGAGAUAUGCAGCCCCUACUCAACGCCCUGCCAAACGUGGGCAUGUUUGACCCCAGCUUCAGAGUCCCUGGCGCCCAGGCAGCCAGCACCAGCCACCAGCCUCCAGCCCGGAUUCAGGGCACCCCACCCAGCCACUGGCUUCCUCAGCAACCCCGCUUCCCACUUUUGCCAAACCUUCCCAGCCUCCAGCAGAAUCUGCCCCUGCCAGCACAGAGAUCUUCUGCAGAAACCAACGAGCUGAGGGAAGCCCUUCUGAAGAUCUUCCCUGACUCAGAGCAAAGACUGAAAAUCGACCAGAUCUUGGCGUCUCACCCGUACAUGAAAGACCUGAACGCGCUCUCUGCCAUGGUGUUGGACUGAGGGCCGUCGGGAUCCGGGGCUCUGGGCUGAAGACGCACUCAAGCUGGUAUCUGCACGUGGCAGCAGGAAGUGACAUAAUGUGAAGAAACCGAUUUCCCGGUGGAAAUGCUGUUGUAGUAUAUAGAAAAAAACCAGAUGUUUUGUGUAUAAAAAAAAUCUGGAUUUUCAAAACCAGCUUUUUUCUAUAUAUAAAUUAUGCUGCUAUUACAGAUUUAACAUUUUCUGUAAAAGGAAAGUCUACAUUUUCUGCCUGUUCAGGAACUGUUUAAUAGCAGUUACUCUUGAGUGUACUUACAUUUUUAUGUUUUUUAAACUAUUUUCCUUAAAGCUGAAAAUAUUGACAAAUGGAUAUGAUUAGCCUUUCUAAAUAAAAAAAAAAAAAAGAGUUGCUUUCUUAGGGAAAGCAAGACCUCUUAAAAUAUAUUUUCUUGAGAUGACUGUGUCACGUCCACUAACAUGAAGUGUGCUCACCCCUUCCAGCCCCCUCUGCCCUCACCCCUGGAAUUAGAGCCCGAAGGAGUUAGUUUUGCUCCUCUGGGGUCUUUCAUUGGAGCCAUUUGUGAGAGUGGACAAGUGGUGCCACUAGAUGGCACCUUGUGCCCAGCCAUUGUUAAUGACCAGGGCAAAGUUAGCCGCACAGUGUCAGGGCUGGAAGAACCUUGAGAGCUCUCGCAGCCCAGCACCCCGCCCCCCGCAGGGGAGCACACCAGGGCUCCGAGUGCUCCCUGUCUGAGUUCACCCAAGUCCACUGCUGGGGACUGGAUUCCUCGUCCAGGGCUCGGCCACACACACCAGGCUGAGACCUCACUGUCCCUCACUGACUCUCAAGUCACGUCUUAGCCUCUGAAGGUGAUAGUGGGAUGCGAGGAAGUUUAGUGAAAAGCCUUGUCGCUAUAGUAAUUUUGUGUCCCCAACCGUGGGAGACACCCCAUGUGAAGUUUGUGCAGCUUUGCCAAAAAAAUAGUUUUCUAUUCUCAAGAAUGACCCAAGCCAGUAAAUAGCAUUAGUAGCUUCCGUAGGGGCCCAGAGCCCCGUGUUUAUUUUUCCUGUGUUUGUCUCUAGUGUCCUCCUAAACUGCCCUUCCCGUGAGUCUUUCUCUCAACUGGUAUCUUAGUAUUGUGUUUUCAGUGUUGCCCAAAUUCUGUGUCAGUGAAAUUCUUUUUCUGGAUAAUUAAUUCCUAACAUUUUUACUGUUAUCUGGACCUUCAAAGGGCUCUGUAUUUUAUACCUGUUCCCCCUGCCAGACUGCUCAUGGUCAGUUUCUUGUCUGCUCCUGUAGAUCACAUCUCUCCUGGCCCUGGAGGCAACGGCUGAGGACUUAGUGCUGGUUUGUCCUUCGUGGUAAAGGGACUUAGCUGGCCAUGAGCAGGCCUGGGUGGCUCCCCGUGAUGCUCCCUCCAGGCGUGUGUGACCCCCGCAUCCCUCGGGGGUGAGUCCAGAGUCCUCCAGGUGGCCAGACUUGUAUUUCAAUGAUAUUUUCUCUUGGAUGCCUUUAAGAUGUGUCCUAAUAAUGUGGAACCAGUUGUCAGCUGUUGCUUCCGGGCAGGUUGCCCGAGUCCCCCACCCAGCUGUGGGUGUAGAGGGGGAAGACUUGAGGCAGUCCAGGAGGUGACUUCAGUCACAGCUCCUGAGCCUCAGCUUCAGAACUGAUGGUUUUUAAAAACAGCACAAGUCUGAGGACUAGGGCUGUCUCGCAGUGACCCUGACCUUUUGGGCCAAGGUUUGUUCCAGCAGCCUUGCCAAUCCAGCACUUCUGUUUCAGAGAAGGCCCUAGGUGAGGCGUGCCUUGAUUACUGGCGUUUAGCCGCAGGUCUUGCUGGAAGGGGGCUGAGUCUCCCCUGAAGCCAGGUAGAGCUGGCUAGGCCUAGAGGUCAGGAGGUUUCUGGGCUCUGGAAGUGAGCUGACCCUUGACCUUUGAAUUAUGUAAGCCUCUGUGGUCUCAGUAGUGUUUCUGAGAGCUCUCCUGCCCCUUUUCUCGGGCGGGUGCAGGAAGAAUGCAGAAGACUAAGUGGGAGGAGUUUAGAAAAGCAUGAAUUACUCACUUGGGAAAUCACAACAUGAAACAUAAUUCACAGCUUUUUCUGAAAUCUAUCAAGUUUAGUUAAAUUUAAUAUUUAAAUACUCAAUUUUCAAACCAUUAUAAAAAGAGUCAUCAUGUGUUCUCUAGCCUCCCAACACUAGGCUCAGUAUUGAUGCUACAGAGUAUUUCUCAAUGGUCUGCCCGCUGUGGUAGGUUUCUAAACUACCUUGGGAGUGUCGGUAGCAGUGCUUCCUGUGGCUCCUUCAGGCUGUCGAGCAGCAUUCCUGUGACGUAGGUGGCAGGGCAGAGGAUGCCAUCCUUGUUCAGUAGACUGGUAUCUGGUGCUUGGAGAGAUGGCCCAGAGUUAAAGAGCAAGGUGGUGGUGAUGCUGAGUGAUUCCCGGACCUGCAUGCUUCCCCGGCCCCAGGCUGCCACCUCCGGAGGAGAGAGGCUGGGCUGACCUCUGUGUCAGGUAGCCUGUGUUUGAGACCCUGCAGGCUGCCAGCAGGAAGGACAGUAAGAAGGCCUCUCAGCUGUCCUGGGCGGGUCGUCAUUGUUCUGGCAGGCUCCACUGAGGCGUGGCCGUGCCGCCAGGGACUCGGUCGGCCUGUGGCAGUUUUUGAGAUCAGUGAGAGGAGGCAUAGUCCUGCUUUAUUCUUAGGCUUAUUGUGGCACCUGUGGAGUAGGAGCCACCCCAGAAACCCGUGAUGCUCUUAGCUAGCAGACCGCCCGGCUGGGGCCCCAUUCUCACCUCAGGCCCCGCCCGCCUCCCACACACCUCCAAGAUUGGCCUGCCUUUGGGAAUCCCUCCCCACUUCCAGCGGUCCACCGGCGCUUCCCUGUCCCCACCUGCCCUUUCUGCAUCCCUGGGCCCACCUUCUCUCAUCUCUUAGCUGUAGUUUGUCGGUCAGUUACUCUAACUCCAUUUCUUCAUCAUCUACCUCCGUUAUUCCCCACAUAUUGCAGAUCCUUGAGAUUAACAUAACCUGAAUUCCCUAAGGCUCAUCUCUGUUGCUGCUUUCCCUCACUCUCCCACUCUCCACUUCCUGGUCUGCAGGCUUGGCCUCCACCCCACCACGUAGUAAUAGUGUAGGAGAAGUCAUCGGGGACCACCUGAUUGCCAGAUUCACAGGCCUUUUCCCAGUCCUUGACUGAGUGUCCACACUCAGUCACCAUAGCAUGACAUCGUUGACCUCAUUUUCCCUGUUUUCUGAGAUUUCCCUCACUCCUGAACAUCUUUCAUUCCUUUUCCCUCUUUUACCCAAAGGCCAGUUCGACGGGUGGUUCUAAAACUUUGCACCAGCUCCAGGAUUCAUGGUGGGGAGGGCAGCUCCUCCUAAAAGUGCGGAUUACUGGGCACUACCCCAGAGAUGUUUAUCGGUAGCUCUGGAGUAAAGCCUGGAAAUCUGCAGCUUCACCUAGCUCCCUGCAUGGCUCCCGUGCAGGUGGUCCACGGACCACAUUUUGAGAAACUCACCCCUAGGGAUCACCACGUUUCCCUGACUCCAGCUGUCCCCUCUCUGCAGUGACUUCUGGUCCCAGCUCCAGCCCUGCCCUUUAGGAGUGCAUUUCUAGCUCUACCUGGAAGCCCUGGGACAUCUCAGGCCCCCAGCCUGCAUCUGUUCCUUGCUGUCCUUGCCCACCUACCCUGCCACAAGGUCCCCUCAUCCCACUCCUGCCCCUUUUUGAUGAUUGCCCCUGAGUCAUGCUUUUAUGGCCUCCCUGUGGGCAUCAGCCUCUGACAAGUGAGCCCACUUCUCAGCUUCCCAUAUCCCUCUUCCAGACUCCACAGCUGCUAGAGUUAUCUUCUUAAAAGCACAUUUCCGGACACCCCAGUCCUGUUCAGUGGCCGUGGCUUUCAUGGCCAGAGUGUUAAGCUCAGGCCUCCCUGAGCUUAGUGUCCUUAGUUGCUCACCUCUCAAGUCGCACUUGAUGGCCCGCUUUGCAUAGCCCACCACCCACUCACUACAGCCACACGAUUUCCUCGGUUACCUGUGGGCUCCUGCCUGUGUUGUGCAUCCCUUCUCUGCUAGAAAUGCCCUUUCUCCCAAAUGGCUUCCCCCUUCAAGGUCCAGCCCUGAGUCCUCUGUACCCUUGCCCAGAGCUUCCGACCGUAAGCAGCCUCUGGUGUUCUGUGAUCCCACAGCACUUGUGUCUUGCUUUCGGCGCUUGCCACUCUGGCUGGUGUCACUGCAGCUGAUUGUGUACUGUGUCUUACCCCCCUUUCUAGACUGUGAGCUCCUCGUGGGCAGGGCUGUCUGUGUUCACUCUCUGUAUUUCCCCCAGCACCUAGCACAGUGCCUUGCACUUAAUAGGUGCUCAAUAAAGUCUGCUCAAUUGAA